AGGAGUGAUCAUCCAUUGAAUACUUGAAUCGCAGUUAAAAAGUGCUUGCAGGGGAAAAAGAAGAGAGAGCGAAACAAAAUGCAAAACAUCAAGGAGACAGCAGCAAACGUGGCGGCCUCGGCCAAGUCAGGCAUGGAGAAGGCCAAGGCUACCGCCCAAGAGAAGGUGGAGAAGGCCAAGGCUCACGACCCAUUGCAGAAAGAAAUGGCAACCCAAAAAAAAGAGGAUAGGAUCAACGAAGCAGGACUGAACAAGCAGGAGGCGCGUACGCAUAACGCGGCAGUUAAGCAAGGGGUCCAGUCCCAUGGCCCAACGGGCAUGCCGACAAGUGGCGCCGGGGGAUACACGACCGGUGCACCAGGAACCACUACGUACUCUACCACUGGAGCCCACGGGCAGGGAACCGGGGCCCACCAGAUGUCUGCCCUUCCUGGGCAUGGAAUUGGGCAGCCACAUGGGCAGGUGACUGAGGGAGAGGUGGGAUCGCAUCCCAUUGGGACGAAUACUGGCACGGGUCGAACCACGGCUCACAACACUGGAGUCGGUGGCACCGAUGCGACUGGCUAUGGAACUGGUGGUUCUUACAGCUAAGACCUGGCUACAAACUGCAGGGUCUUCCUUGGGAAGCCGAGAUGUGUCUGUAUGUUUGAAUUUUGUUGUACUAGUUUUCUUUUCCUUGGUGUCUUUCUCCCACUCGAGAGUGGUUUGCAUGUAUUUGUUGUCACGCUUCAUAAAUAAAAUAAAAUAAAAGCAGUUUAAGCAUGAGAUGAA